AUGCAAUCUGCGGACAAGCCGACUCGAUCAGAAAUUGACUUGGCCUUGCCUGGAGAGAAAACUCAAGAUGAAAUCAAGAUCGAAAAGAGUGGAGAUAUUGAUGCUCUUCAACGGUAUCGGUGGAACAUGGUUAGAAAAGCGCCAUCCUAUGUUGGUAGAGCGAUUGAGCUUCUCCGGAUAGAACAAGACCUCCGAAAUACUGUCCAGGAAGAGCAAUGCCUCGCCAAGAAGCCUGAGGCCACAGGCAGCUGGCUACUCUAUAGGAAUGAUGUACAGGCCGUGCUUCAGGCUUUGAAGAAGAGAUAUUGGUUGCUGGAACUCCAGUGGUGGAAAGUCCGAAACUCAUUCGUGGAGGGGCCACUGAUAAGAGCAUUUGAUCUGUGGCGAUCACAUCCUCUCUGGUAUAUGCACCGAGUUUUGUUCGAGGAUUGCAUUGAUAAAACACGACAGCUUGGGGCUGGACAUUGUAUGGUGGAAUGUGGAUGUUGUCACCAGGCUCGGGGGUUUGAGCUUACCAAAAAAGAAAAGGAGGAAUUCCUUAGGGAUUUCCAUAUCGUGGAUGACAAUAGCUUUUACCGCCAAAGGGUCAAUCGAGCUUCGAUAUGGGGGUUAUCUCUUGACAGUCAUGACAGCCCUUUUGAUCUGAUUGUAAUGCCCCCAGGAUACGAGAGCGAUGUUUCAAAAGAGCAGACGAGAAGAGGCAAGGCGGACCAAUUCGAUGAGCCAUUCAUGCUUAUUGACGAAGAGGACGAGGAAGAAGUUGUGCAGAUGUCGGCCGCGAAAGCCUUUCCUGUCGGUGAAAACCCGUCGCCCAACGAUUACUUUGCCCGCUUUGCGGCGUUUUUGGACCGUCUGCUGGCCGCCUUAACCCCCAGCGAGACGAAGGCUUUCUUGUGGGCCCUUUUGGGCAUGUAUGUUUGUUUGCUGGCCGUAUGGCGCCUUGACGCCCUCCUGGAGAGGUGGUUUGACUAG